GCGUUCACCUGUGGUUUUCACGUGAUUUGUCGUAAGUGAUACGAAAGGGUCAUAAAAACGCUCGCAGAUAAAAUCCGUAAAGGAUGCGAUGUGAGUCAUUCUCGCCCGGAAGCCUGAGACUCUGAAGUGCGGCUCGUGUAGCGACGGGUAAAAGGCGUGGCAUCACAACGGUUGCUGCGCGCGGAUAGAGGGGAUGACCUGAACCACUCAGCAGCAUCAGACCGCAGCGGGGAGAAAACAUGAGGAUCUUCUCAACAUGCCUAAUUUUUACCACAGCACUGAGUGUGUUUGGCCAGUCGGUGGAGCUGAACGGAAUUCUGGGAAAGAGCAUAGAGUUCCCAGCUGCAGUGAAAAAGGGCGGGAGUUUGAUGCACAGCAGUGUCACCAUUGGAGACGUGACUAGCGGUAGCUUUACGACACCCCGUAAUGAGAAGUUCAGCAGCAGACUGCAGUGGGACAGCAGCACUGGACUCUUCUCCCUCUCUGGGCUGAAGAUGGAGGACUCUGGAGAGUAUAAAGUACAGAAUACAGACCAGAACAUAAAUACAGUCUUCCAGCUGAAUGUGUACAACGACAAUGUUCCUGUAUCAAAACCCCAUGUCAGUGUCACUGGUGAUGAAUACCCCUGCACUCUGCUGUGCUCUGUGGAGAGAGGGACAGGAGUGACCUUGUCCUGGUACAGAGAGGGUGAGAAGAAGCCAUACGUCACCUCACCUGUGGAAAGUGCUCCACAUCUGGUUCUGCCUGUGCCUGUGGAGAGAAGUGGAAUGUACACCUGUGAGGCGAGGAACUCAGUCAGUAAUGAGACAUCAGACUCUCUCACUGUGGGGGCCCACUGCACAGCAGUGAGUGUGUUUGGCCAGUCUGUGCCGCUGGAUGGCAUUGUGGGAGAGAGCAUAGAGUUCCCAGCUGCAGUGAAAAAGGGCGGAUAUUUGAUGUACAGAGACAUUGUCCCCAUUGGAGACAGUAGCCUUGGGACGCCCGGUAAUGUGAAUUACAGUGACAGACUGGACUGGGACAGCGGCACUGGAUUCUUCUCCCUCUCUGGGCUGAGGCUGAAUGACUCUGGAGAGUAUAAAGUACAUAAUACAGACAAGACCAUAACCGUCUUCCAGCUGAAUGUGUACAUUAAUGUAUCAAAGCCGCAUGUCAGCAUCACUCAGAAUGAGUACCCCUGCACUAUAGUGUGCACUGCAAAUAGAGGGACAGAAGCGACCCUGUCUUGGUACAGAGAGGGUGAGAAGAAGUCCUUUGCCUCCUCACGUGUGGCAAGUGCUCCACAUCUGCAUCUGCCUCAUUCUGUGGAGAGUGGUACAUACACCUGUGAGGCCAAGAACUCAGUCAGUAAUGAGAUGGCCUCAAUCACUGUGGGGGACCACUGCACAGUGAGUGUGUUUGGCCAGUCUGUGGAGCUGCACGGCAUUCUGGGAAAGAGUGUGAAUUUCACAGCUGCAGUGAAAAAGAAAGGGAGUUUGAUGUACGGCACUCUCACCAUUGGAGACGUGGAUAGCGGUAGCUUUACAACGCUCCGUAGUGAGAAGUACAGCGGCAGACUGCAGUGGGACAGCAGCACUGGACUCUUCUCCCUCUCUGGUCUGAAGAUGGAGGACUCUGGAGAGUAUAAAGUACAGAAUACAGACCCAAACAUAAAUACCGUCUUCCAGCUGAAUGUGUACGUUCCUGUAUCAAAACCCCAUCUCAGUGUCACUCAUAAUGAAUACAGCUGCACUAUAAUGUGUGCUGCGUUAAGAGGGACAGGAGCGAACCUCAUAUUGUACAAGAACGGUGAGAAGAAGCCCUACGUCACCUCGCAUGAGGAAAGUGCUCCACAUCUGAAAAUGACUCAUUCUGUGGAGAGCGGUACAUACACCUGUGAAGCGAGGAACUCAGUCAGCAGAGAGACAUCAGACCCUCUCACUGUGGGGGCCCACUGCACGGCAGUGAGUGUGUUCGGCGAGUCUCAGGAGCUGAACGGCAUUGUGGGAGAGAGCAUAGAGUUCAAAUAUGCAGUGAAAAGCGACGGGGGUUUGAUGUACAGAGAUGUCCGCAUUGGAGACGUCCUGGACAGUAGCUUUACGUCCAGUAUUGGAAAGUACAAGGGCAGGGUGCACUGGGACAGCAGCACUGGACUCUUCUCCCUCUCUGAGCUGAGGCUGAAUGACUCUGGAGUCUACAAUGUGCAAAAUGACGGGCAGAAAUCAGUCUCUUUCAGCCUGACUGUGUGGAUUCCUGUAUCAAAACCCCAUGUCAAUGUCACUCGUAAUGAAUACCGCUGCACUAUACUGUGCACUGUGGACAGAGGGACAGGAGCGACCCUGUACUGGUACAGAGAGGGUGAGAAGGAGAGCUACAGCAGCUCGCCUGUGGAAAGUGCUCCACAUCUGCAUCUGCCUCAGACUGUGGAUAAGGGCGGCAUCUACACCUGUGAGGCGAGGAACUCAGUCAGUAAUGAGACAUCAGACCCUCUCACUGUGGGGGCCCACUGCACAGCAGUGAGUGUGUUUGGCAAGCCUCAGGAGCUGAACGGCAUUCUGGGAAAGAGCAUAGAGUUCCCAGCUGCAGUGAAAAAGGGCGGAUUUUUGAUGUACAGCGGUGUCGCCAUUGGAGACAGUAGCCUUGGGGCGUCCCGUAAUGUGAAUUACAGAGACAGAGUGCAGUGGGACAGCAGCACUGGAUUCUUCUCCCUCUCUGGGCUGAAGAUGGAGGACUCUGGAGAGUAUAAAGUACAGAAUACAGACCAGAACAUAGCCGUCUUCCAGCUGAAUUUGUACGCAGUGAGUGUGUUCGGCCAGUCUGUGCCGCUGGAUGGCAUUGAAGGAGAGAGCAUAGAGUUCCCAACCAAAGUGGAAACCAGCGGGAGUCUGAUGUACAGCAGUAAAGUUAUUGGACGUGUCCUCGGUGGGAAACUUUUACCUCUCGAUGACCCGGAGUACAAGGGCAGGGUGCACUGGGACAGCAGGACUGGACUCUUCUCCCUCUCUGGGCUGAGGCUGUAUGACUCUGGAGUCUAUACAGUGGAGAAAAACGAUGAGCCGAGAUCAGUCUCUACUUUCAACCUGACUGUGUGGAUUCCUGUAUUAAAGCCCCAUCUCAGUGUCACUCGUAAUGAAUACCGCUGCACUAUACUGUGUGCCGCGGUAAGAGGGACAGGAGCGACCCUCACAUUGUACAAGAACGGUGAGAAGAACCCCUACGUCACCUCGCCUGUUCGCAGUCACCCACAUCUGGAUAUGACUGAGACUGUGGAGAGCGGUACAUACACCUGUGAGGCGAGGAACUCAGUCAGCAGAGAAACAUCAGACCCUCUCACUGUGGGGGCCCACUGCACAGCAGUGAGUGUGUUUGGCGGGCCUCAGGAGCUGAACGGCAUUGUGGGAAAGAGCAUAGAGUUCCCAGCUGCAGUGGAAACCAGCGGGAAUCUGAUUUACAGCAGUAAAGCUAACGCAGGUGUGACCAUUGGAGACGUGACUGGUGGUUACUUUACACCCCAGAAUGAGAAGUUCAGAGACAGACUGCAGUGGCACAGCAGCACUGGACACUUCUCCCUGUCUGAGCUGAAGCUGGAGGACUCUGGAGUCUAUAAAGUAGAGAAAAAUGAUGGGCAGAAAUCAGCCUCUUUCAACCUGACUGUGUGGAUUCCUGCAUCAAAGCCCCAUGUCAGUGUCACUCAGAAUGAGUACCCCUGCACUCUGCAGUGCACUGUGGAGAGAGGGACAGGAGCCACCCUGUCCUGGUACAGAGAGGGUGAUAAAAGAUGGUCCAUCCACACCCAUCCUCUUAGUGCCCCAGAUCUGAAACUGCCUGUGCUAGUGGAUAAGGGCGGCAUCUACACCUGUGAAGCGAAGAACUCAGUCAGCAGAGAGACAUCAGACCCUCUCACUGUGGGGGCGCACUGCACAGAUGGGGCUGCGGGUAUCUGGCAGACCGAGGGGUCUAAAAUGUGGAGCCUGUGCCUGGUGCUGAUCGUGAUGCUGUACAGUCGCCUGGUUUGAGCCUGCUGAGUGAGAAUGAACUUUGACCUCUGGAUGGGUGGGAAUUUCAGGUCUUAAGGUUGAAGGUCCUCAUGAAACAUUUCCAGUUUCGCUUCUGCAGAUGAGUCAGUUCUGCAGGAAAUUCUGAUGUUUUGCAGCUGUUCUCCCAGUCCUAGUCAUCCUCUGUCUCAGGCUGUUCUCUCUGUCUCAGUCAUCCUGUCUCAGGCUGUUCUCUCUGUCCCAUUCAUCCUCUGUCUCAGGCUGUUCUCUCAGUCCCAGUCAUCCUCUGUCUCAGGCUGUUCUCUCUGUUUCAGUCAUCCUCUGUCUCAGGCUGUUCUCCCAGUCCCAGUCAUCCUCUGCCUCAGGCUGUUCUCUCUUUCCCAGUCAUCCUCUGUCUCAGGCUGUUCUCUCUGUCCCAUUCAUCCUCUGUCUCAGGCUGUUGUCUCUGUCCCAUUCAUCCUCUGUCUCAGGCUGUUCUCUCUGUCCCAUUCAUCCUCUGUCUCAGGCUGUUCUCUCUGUCUCAGUCAUCCUCUGUCUCAGGCUGUUCUCUCAGUCCCAGUCAUCCUCUGUCUCAGGCUGUUCUCUCAGUCCCAUUCAUCCUCUGUUUCAGACUGUUCUCUCAGUCCCAGUCAUGAACUGAAAUGAAUUGUUAAUUGUUUUUAAUUAGGCAGAUUUAAUGUCUUCCCCACUUUAUGUAAUAGCUGUGCAUACCAUGAAGAAUAAAUGUUCCACAUUCAUGUCUCAA